AUGCGUAUCACCUUCGCUCUCGUCGCGGCUGUUGCUGCUCUAUGCGUCAAAGCUGAUGACUCCACAACCACAACUGUUGGAUACUUCUCCCCUUCUUGGGAUAUAAACCUAUACCAAAGUGGUGGUGGCUGGAGCAGCACUGCCGCCAGUCUUGCCGGUAUCAAAUACCAGACUGCCACAUACCAUGUGGGCUGUGAAAAGAGUGCCCCGAAGUCGGACUGCAACCUUCCUGAAUCAUGGACUAUUGUCCAAGGCCCCGACACCGUCAGUUUCACCGGAAAAUAUAUCGCAUCGAUCUCGGACUCGUCAAGUAGCUACGAUAUUACUGUUACACAGUCAUACGAAUGCUCGCUACACUCCUCGACCGGAUCGGCUAGCUGCACCAUGAGCGCGGCUCAGAGUGGCUCGGUGGAUGGCGCAAAAUACGAAUCCUCUAGCUCCAGCAAGGCCUCCUACACAACAGCUCCAAUGAGCGACCUCUACUAUGUUCUGCCUGUCACCGCGGGCCUGAACUCUCUCACAAACUCUAAAGCUACCGCGACUGGUGCUGCUGCCACUGGAAAUGCGGGUGCGAUGAUCACUGCUGCGCCGGUUGUUAUGGCCGCGGUCGCCGCUUUUAUCUAA